CCGAGAUGGACGGGCUAGAUCGCGGGGCUGCUGGACCGAGCCCGACGGAGCCCGUGGCCCAGCUGCGGAGGCUCAUCGGGGCACUGCGCUCCUUACUGCCGCGGGUGCGGGAUGGCGAGGCCCGGGAAACCACGGAAGCGUUCGAUGCGCACAGAUUUUGGGACAAGCUCGGGCAGAGGGCCCUGGCGGUGUCUCAGGAAGCCACGAAGCUGAGCCUGGCCUUCGCGAGACCUCCCCUGCCUUCCUCAGAGGACUGCAGGAAACUUUGUGAAAGUAUCCAGAAUGCUGUCUUGGCAGAGGUUUCUGCAUACUAUUGGCUUCCUAAAGACCAAGGAAUCACGUUACGAAAAAUGGUUCGAGAUACCGUUGUGGAUGUAGUGGAGGGAAUGGCUCAGCUUGCAGAGGUGAUUGUUAGAGCUCGACCUCAAUGCAUAUCACAUGAGUAUCUCAUAUCAACUGGCAGUAUCUGGGAAACUUGUGACCAGGUGUCUCACCUACCAAAAGAUAACAAAGCAGCUGCCCUUUUGAUGCUGGCUUCAUAUCUGAGAGUAGUGAAGGAUGCACUUGAGGAAAUGGAGCAGGCACAGGGAGACAGUGGAGACCCUUACAGUGACAUCUUGGAAGAUGAUGAAUUGGGAUCUCGGGGUAAUCGGGAUACAUACUGGUCAGAAGAGGACCAGCAGCUCUUAGCCCCAUGUGUGGGACUGAUGAAGGCCUCUAAAGCUUGCCUCAAGAAGGUCAGGUCAUCAGUGGAAACCCAUGGGAAGACAGUUGUCGCAGAUCAGAUCGCCCAACUAGAUGACAUUGUAGACAUUUCCAAUGAGAUUAGCCCUAGUGUGGAUGAAUUGGCUCUAAGCAUGUAUCCACCCUUGAAUCGGAUGGCCGUGCGACUCAAUGCUGCAAAACUUGCAUCUGUGUUGAAGAAGGUUCUUGAAAUCACAAAGGCAAGUCAUGUGUGUCCCCAUGAAGAAGAAAACUGGAUCCAAUUUCUCUCAAGUGCCAUUGAUCACAACAUGAACAAAAUCAAGAACCUUACCCAGGGUGAACUUUGAGCCUUCUUCCUCUUCCUCUCAUGGUGCCACAACUAGGCUCUGAUGUCAGCUGUUAUAAUGGAAUCAGCAAGCUUCCUGGUCAAGAGAGCUGUAGACUGCACUUAAAAAGGAAGGCUUUGACCAAAGGCCAUUGAGUAACCGAGACUGUGAAAUGUGUUUAAACCAUGUGAACAUGAUGCUUUUCAUGGGCAGAAAUGAAAGAGGAUUUUAUGACCUAC